UCCCUCCCACUUUCUGCUGGCCGGGUACCUCCCCGCCGCCGCCGCGCCCCCUCAGCCGUCCUCCCGGCCCCCAGAAAAUCAGCUCAAGAAGAUGAAGCCUAAUAAAGGAAAGACCUUCACUAGGGAGAGAGACUAUGUGUACAAAUUCGACGUGGGAAAUCAGCAUUUUGUGCUUACUGUGCCUCUCAAAUUCCCUGUGCAAGAGAAUAUUAGUCAUUUGCAUGGGCGUCUCAUGCUUCUGCACAAUCUGCCAUGCUUUAUAGAAAAUGACCUGAAGCAAUCCCUUAAUAAGUUCAUAGAAGAGGAAACUAUAAAAGAUUAUGAUAGAGAAGCUGAAAUGGCUCUGGAAGCAGUGAAAUCAGGAAAAGUAGACAUAAACCAGCUGGCAGAUACUUGGGCUAAAGCUUAUAAAGAGACAACACUAGAACAUGCAAAACCUGAAGAAACCAGCUGGGAUGAAGACUUUGCAGAUGUUUAUCACGAUCUGAUACAUUCUCCAGCUUCUGAAAUGCUGUUAAACCUGGAACACAAUUAUUUUGUUAGUAUCUCAGAAUUAAUAAGUGAAAGAGAUGUGGAACUGAAAAAACUACGGGAAAGACAAGGAGCAGAAAUGGAUAAGGUGAUGCAGGAACUAGGGAAAUCACUAACAGACCAAGAUGUAAAUUCAUUAGCAGCUCAGCAUUUUGAAUCUCAGCAGGAUUUGGAGAACAAAUGGACCAAUGAAUUAAAACAGUCUACUGCUAUCCAGAAGCAAGAAUAUCAGGAAUGGGUGAUAAAGCUUCAUCAGGACCUAAAGAAUCCAAACAACAGUUCAAUCAGUGAUGAAAUCAGUGUUCAGCCCAGUCAACUGAGAGAAUCUGUAGAAGGAAAUGGAAGAAUUUACGAAGAGCAAAGGCUGUUAGAAGAAAGUUUCACUAUUCACUUGGGAGCUCAGUUGAAGACCAUGCAUAACUUGAGAUUACUGAGAGCUGAUAUGCUGGAUUUCUGUAAACAUAAGCGCAAUCAUCGAAGUGGAGUCAAACUUCACAGGCUUCAAACUGCAAUGUCUCUCUAUUCAACUUCUCUCUGUGGCCUGGUUUUAUUGGUGGAUAACCGUAUCAGUUCAUACAGCGGCAUCAAAAGAGAUUUUGCAACUGUUUGCCAAGAAUGCACGGAUUUCCAUUUUCCUGGAAUUCAAGAACAGCUUGAAAUUGUCCAGAAGGUUGUACUUAAGGCCAGAGCACAGCGUAGCAGUAAGUCGAAAAGACAUCAUGAAAACAAAAGUAGUGGAAAUGAAGAUAAAUUAAAGAAUAUUGAACGAAACCAGUCAAAUAUUUUGCCGGGAGAAUUCUACAUCACACGCCAUUCAAAUCUUUCUGAAAUCCACGUCGCUUUUCACCUCUGUGUGGAUGAUAAUGUAAGAUCUGGUAACAUAACUGCUCGGGAUCCUGCAAUCAUGGGACUCAGAAACAUUCUCAAAGUUUGUUGCACACACGACAUUACUACCAUUAGUAUUCCUCUCUUAUUGGUGCACGACAUGUCGGAAGAAAUGACCAUUCCAUGGUGCUUGAAGAGGGCAGAGCUUGUGUUCAAGUGCGUCAAAGGUUUCAUGAUGGAAAUGGCCUCAUGGGAUGGAGGAGUUUCUCGAACUGUACAGUUUUUGGUACCACAGACAAUUUCUGAGGAAAUGUUUUACCAACUGAGUAAUAUGCUUCCACAAAUCUUCAGAGUGUCCUCUACAUUGACUUUGACCUCUAAGCACUGAAUUUGGUGCAUAAGUAAGAUGUAUCCUGUUGACAAAGGAUGAGGUUACAGAGAUUCUGGAUUGGCACGUCUCGUUUCUGAGGGAUGGUGACCCUGAAGUGGUAUUUGGUGCAACUUCAAGAAUCAUGUCGUCAUAAUAAAACAUAAAAGCUGGCUGGGCUUGGGUGUUAGGAGUUAAUUUUUGCCUCUUGCUUCCUGUUUCAGCGGAGUAUUUAUGUUGAAUACCUCACUUUUAUCUGAAGGACAUUCAAUGUAACUUAUUGUAUGUGAUCUACAGAAAUAUAAGUGAUUCCCAUGCUUCAGCAGUAGGAAUAAAAGCUUAUGGUAGGAGUAGUA